CCGCUCUAUUUAAGCCGCCGGGUCCUGGGUUCUAGAGUCUUCUCUUCCCAACACAACAGAAAUCGCACAGAAAACCCCAACUCGGAAUCGUCUUCCUCCUCCUCUGCUCGCCAUCCCCUUCCUCGCGCCCCCCAGAUUCGCUCGCCGGGGUCACCUGAGAUCACAUAGAAAAAUGGUGAAGGCUGUUGCUGUGCUUUCCGGCAGCGAGGGUGUCAAGGGCACCAUCUUUUUCACCCAAGAGGGAGAUGGUCCGACCACCGUGACAGGAAGUGUCUCUGGACUCAAGGAAGGGCUCCACGGGUUCCAUGUGCACGCUCUUGGUGACACCACCAAUGGCUGCAUGUCAACUGGACCACACUUUAACCCCGCUGGUAAGGAGCAUGGCGCACCAGAAGAUGAAACUCGCCAUGCUGGUGAUCUUGGAAAUGUGACGGCUGGAGUGGAUGGUGUUGCUAACAUCAAUGUUGUUGACACCCAGAUCCCCCUGACUGGACCGCAUUCGAUCAUUGGCCGUGCUGUUGUUGUCCAUGGUGAUCCUGAUGAUCUUGGCAAGGGUGGACAUGAGCUUAGCAAGAGCACUGGGAAUGCUGGUGCACGUGUUGCUUGUGGGAUCAUCGGGCUCCAGGGCUAGAUGGGGUAAUCGCUUGCCAACACCGUACAGAUCUGGGCACAUUCGACAUUCAGGAUAUGAACUUUAUUGCCGCCAUUUUAAAUAAGCACCUGAUCCAUGAUCGCUGAUCAGUGUGCACCAUUCACAUCAUUUCCUAUGUGGCUGUUGGAACAUUUGCAUCACCAUCAUUUGCCUUUUGAGUGACUGUUCUGUCAAGUGUGUGGAUUUGUUGUUCGGUGCCUGCGCCGUAACCAGCACUGCAUGAUCUGUUCUUUACCUGCGCCAUAACUUGCUGGCAGUGUCAUGGUCAUAUACUCGGUAUUAUAGUUCUAUUGCAGAUAAACGAUAUUGUUAUUUAGCA